AUGAUUGCUUCGUCUCCUACGCCUUGCCUGCCCUUAUACCGCGACGCUCUUUUGUUUAUGCUUACCGGAUUGCCUUGCUUGUCUUAUUGUCCUCCCCUGCGCUUCUCAACCCCGCAAUUGUUCGGCCCGUCCUUCCAGAAUGCUAACCCAUCAGUCUUGCUACGAUUGUGGCUGCCGCGUGCGUCUUUCUUCAACUAUACAACCACCUCGGUGUCCCCCUUGUCGAUUAGUGUCUUUGGCCCCUCUGCUCGAAACGCGCCCGUGCUCCGGCUGCCGUGUCCCAAUCCCUGCACACCUAUCCAAUCUUCAGUGUCGAGAACAAGUGCCCCGAGACGAACGACUAUUGUACAACCGGCCGUCGAUUUCCAUCGCUUGUAUACAACCUCCUUCAAUCCCUUCGUCAAUUCCUUCACCCCACCAGAUCCCCUUAACCAAAGACGUUCGAGGCCUCCUCCCGCUCCGUGUACACACAGCACCGAGCCUAAUAGUGUGUCCUUGCCUAUUAACCUAGCUAUUGGCUUCCUCCGCCAAGAGCAUGAGUCUCGUGUAUGUGCUUCGAGGAUUUUUCCCCCAGAAAUUUUUCCUUCGCAGAUACGGUUGUCCGUGCGUCGGUUCGAAGAUUGCAUGGCUCUUGCCCGCCGAGAUUCAACGUGUGUUUCUUGUGGAAAGCUUGUUCCUCUUACUGAUGCCCGCCGGUUUCUCGAUGGAGACCCCUUGCUACGACCACCGGAGGGUUUGCUCGAUAGCUGCGGUUGGAACGAAGGCUUUUGGUAUCUCUGUUCGACCUGUCAUUCCGCCUUACUGCGAGGAUCUGUUCCAAAAUUCUCGGCUGAGAACCUCGUAAACGUAACUCUCUGCCAGCACUACCCUGACGCCCUCAAAGAUCUUACUCUGACCGAGGAAUAUCUCAUCGCCAAGUCUCACCCUGUUGGGGUCGUGGUGAAGCUACGACCAGGGGGUCGAACAUCGUCCGCAAACUACCACGCGCUACGCGGUCAUUUCAUUAUCAUACCACAAGAUCCGAAGCCUCUCCUUCAAAUCUUACCAAGCCCGGAACUACAGUUUGCGGAACUGGUCAAAGUUUUCUGGCUAGGGAAGCGUCCUCCGUCCGACGAUGAUCUACACCCAUUUUUGCUUGUUCGUAAGCACAAGGUGCUUGCUGCUUUGCAAUAUCUCGUGCAAUACAAUCCUUUGUACCAGGAUGUGACUAUUGACCAUUCAGCUGUAGACGAGUGGCCUGAUGAUUUCAUACCCUCCGACUUGCGACAGCACGUCGUGUGUUUAGGCGAAUCAGAUCACCAUGAACGCACAGGGUACACUGUCGAUCUACAAGAGCACAACUACGAAAAUGACUGGCGAGCUGCAGAGGAAGAUCCGGAUAAUCCUACCGGGAAUUCUCUUCCCGUGACUGGCUCUGUACUCACCGACAUAAACGGAGAACGCCAGAACCCUGAUAUUCGUGUGCUCAACACGAUACACGCCCUUGUUGAUAAUCAAUCUCCCGAAGUCGAAUCUCAACAUGCUUUACCGGGUCGCGUUGAGGAUUCAGGUCGAUUUCUUGACUCUCAGGACCCACCCGUAAUUAGAUAUGCCAUUCGCGGGCAAGCUUCUCUUCUUAAUCAGUGGCAAGAUCCUCAUUAUUUGACAUCUGCUUUCCCUGCUCUAUUUCCAGCAGGUGUUGGAGGUCAUCUUGACCAGCGUUCUAUACCUGUGUCACUUUCUGCUCUUGCUGACUGGGCGCUACGCCAUCAUAGCCGAAGAACGUUUAUGUACCUGUUAUACGACGUUCUUCAACUUCGAAAUUCGUGUCUUGGUAACACCCUUCUCAUUAAGCGAUCGCAGUGGACCUCUGUAACCCAAGAUUUGAACUCGCUUACGGUCAAUCGUCUGCACAAGGCGACCGAAGAACUCGCCGCCAAUCAAGUCACUACGGACCCACUAGUUCGACGACUUCUCAGAAACAUAACUGCUAUUGGCGUUCAAGUACCUGGAUUUUUUUUCCAAAAGCUGCAGAUGCGGGCUAAAAUUCGAGGAUUGCUCGUUCGGGAAGGAAUGCCUGCAUUCUGGUUGACAAUCAACCCGUCUGACCUCCAAAAUCCCUUUGAUCUUGUUCUCGCUGGUGUACAAUUUCCUACAGAGUCCUUUGCCAAUUUAACGUCGACUGUUCGACAGGUGGCCGCGACAUCGGACCCGGUAGCUGUCGCCAGAUUCUUCCAUUAUACAUGCAAGGCGGUACUUGAUGGUCUCCUCGGUAGCAAGCAGACUGACAUGGGAAUUCUUGGAGACGUAUUUAAUUACUUCUGUGUCGUCGAAAGUAAUGGGAGAGGCAUGCUUCACCUCCACGCAUUAGUUUGGGUUCGGGGUAAUCUUGGAUUCAUGCAGCUACGUGAUCGUAUCCUCACAGACGUCCACUUCGCAAAUCGAAUAAUCCGUUUCUUGGAAACGGUCAUUACGCAUAGUUUACACGAUGCUGAUGUUGACGACCCUGAAAGUUCCGUCUCAAGCAUGCCCCCUUCAUCGCAUGGCCCGGAGACGGACACUGAAUUUACUCGGAAACUUUUCCAAGAUGCUAACGGUGUUGCUCGUACCAAGCAACUUCACUCCAAGCGUCACACCACAACCUGUUUCAAAUACCGCCACCGGUUAUCACCUGACCGCGUUUGCCGUUUUGGUAUGCCUCGUGGUCUUCUGGAAAUAUCUAGAGUAGAUGAGCACGGUAUCAUUCACCUUGCGCGAAAUCACGCAUGGAUCAAUCCAUGGAACCCAAGUCUCGCUAGCUGUAUCCGUUCGAAUCAUGACAUUUCCUGGAUUCCGACCGUGUCAAAGUCUCUGUCUCUCCUAUACUACAUCACCAAUUACGCCCCUAAAGACGACGUUGCGCCGUGGCAGAUGAUAGCGAAGGCUGCUUUGUUGAAACAAAUGAUCGACCGUGCUAGCUCUAAUCCUGCUCCUACCGCGGCAGAUUCGCGGCUUCAACAAAGAGGGAUGGACAAAUUUGCUCUCCGCUGCUUUAACAGCUUGUCCCAAGACCGGGAAAUUAGUGGAGUCCAGGUCGCGAGCACUCUACUCCAACUUCCCUCCUACUACACACUCAACAAUAAUUUCACCCGCAUUAAUCUCUGGUGGCUCAGGAGAUAUGAACCGUGCAACUAUGACCACGGCGCAACAGCGCCCGCAAAUAUAUUCGACAAUUAUAAGUUGCGUGGUAGUCUCUUAUCAUCCUUAUGCAUCUUCGAAUACUGUAUGCUGGUGCAAACCAGAAGACUCAAAGAUGCUACGACGGCUGACCUACCCUUCGCCGAGACGCACUCGAGGCAUCGUACGCAUAUACAGAGACUAGCUCAAUCUCCGUCUCAGACGGCUACAGUGACCUUGAGGACACCCCACAUUUCCGACAAUAUGCUGUAUGAAUCCUCUGGCCUCAAAUUUGUUCCGCUAUCCACUCUGCAAGGCUGGAAAGCACGACUUGAAAAUAUCACUAUGCUCAUAGAUUCAAAUUCUUCGACCAAUAUGUCAAACCUGGCCGUAUCGGACCUUGAUGACUUCAACCUUGACAUCGUCGAUGAUGGUUUAGUCCCUGUGCUAACCCACUCAGAUCCACUCCCUGACUUGGUAGAGCGACGCUCUCGAGUAGGACAGAACCCCACAGGCGCUGCUCUAACCUUAUUCAUGCGUGAAACUAUUCCUCUGAAUGAGACACAGCAUGUUGUCGUGGAGAAGGUUCUGUCCGACGUGCUUGGAUGCGCGAACCAUCCAUACGAUUAUUCCCAACGUAACCAAACCCUCCUCUAUAUAGGAGGUGAAGGUGGAGUUGGCAAAAGCCAGAUUAUCAAAGCAAUUGACACUGCUAUGGGCCUGAUCCACCGCAAGGACGAACUCAUCCUCAUGGCACCAACAGGGGCGGCCGCCGAUGUCAUCGGAGGCAGCACCUAUCACGCCUCUCUUGGCAUUUCUCUAAAUCGUUAUCGACGAACAGGAGUAGGAACGAGGGUUCGAAGGCUGUGGUCCUGGAAAACAAUUAUGAUCAUAGACGAGGCGAGUAUGAUUGAUCUUUUUGCGCUCAGCAUCAUCAACAUGCGUUGUAAGAUCGCCCGAUCUCUUGACAGAUCAUCGACCGACCUCUUCGGUGGCUUGCCUGUAGUGAUUCUCAUGGGAGAUUUCCACCAAUUUCCACCGGUCCAAGGCCAGCCUUUAUGGAAACUUCCCAGAAAUGAAACCGAGCAGGACGGAAAACUUAUCUGA